AUGGACGGAGGAAAUAUCCCCGGCGAGAGCAAUGCGCUCAUGGUCCGCGCCCCAGCCAUUGUCUUCUUCGUCUUGACACCCACCUUCGUGGCUAUCCGCUUCUGGUCGCGAACCAAGAUGAGGUCCGAUUUGGGUUGGGAUGACUGGACUAUCUUGCUAUCAUUUAUCUGCUGUCUACUCGUUUCGAUUUUGAUGAUGAUAUCCUGUGAAUAUGGAUUUGGCCAGCACAUCAAAAACUUGUCCAAGCCAAACCGGCUCAUGACACUAAAGCUCUUCUACGUCGCCCAGAUAUUCUAUAAGCUUACCAUCAACCUCACGAAAGCUUCCAUCAUCCUCUUGUAUCUGCGAAUUUUUGUCCAGCGAUACUUUCGCAUCAUGUGCUACGUUCUACUCGGCAUCAUCCUGGCGUACAUGGUAGCAACAUCGGCAUCCUCCAUCUGGCAAUGCAGCCCCAUCGCUCGCGCCUGGGACAAAUCCAUCCCCGGUACCUGUAUCAGUCUCACAAUGAACUGGUAUGCGAACGCGGGCUUCUCCAUUGCUACCGACCUUCUUAUCAUAGCCCUACCUCAGCACGUGUUGUGGAAAUCGAAGCUGCCGAGCAACCAGAAGAAAGCCUUGAUGGCUGUCUUUGCCUUGGGCUUGGUCGUCACCGUCACAAGUAUCCUGCGCAUGACCACGCUAGAUUUCUCCACCACCAGCCCUGACACUACUUAUGACAUUGCAUCGACCCUCUGGACUGUUAUCGAGGACAACCUCGCGAUUGUCUGCGCCUGCCUCCCUAUGUGUCGUCUCCCGUUAACAUACCUCUUCCCCAACUUCUUUGCGUCAAAGAAAGGAUCGACCAUCGGCAGCACCGGCUUCAGUUCAGCGCCGCGUACGAACAACUCAAACUUUGUCCACGCAGGCACGAGCCGCAACGAUUGGCACCCAUAUCAGGGCCGCGAGGAGAAGACGACGAUCCAUUUGACUAGUGUCCAAGCCAACAAGUCCAAGAUUGGGGACGACACAAGUGAGGAGUACAUUUUGUCUCCAGCAAACGAGACUGGACAAAAUGCGCGCAACCCGAGCGAGGAUAUUGAAGACCGAAGAGCGAUACGGAAGACGACUGCGUUUCACAUGACUUAUGACGAGGAGGGUUCGAAGGCGUAA